AUGGAGAGCUCGACCACUCCCACCAGCAAGCUGGUAUCCUACCAGGGAGCCGAUUACAAUGUGAUUAAAGAGGGCCUGGCGUAUAUCCUCAACCCACCGGCCCAGGAAGCCGCUUCCAAGGGCACCAGAAGAGAUCUCAAAGAAGAGGACGAGAGCCAAUCAGUUUUCUACAACCCGAUUCAGCAAUUCAAUCGUGACCUGAGUGUCCUAGCGAUUCGCGCAUUCAGUGAACAUGCGAUGGAUGUGAAAAAGCAAAAAGCGGAUAAAAAGUCGAAGAGACGCGCCGCAAGCAACGGUACCAACAAGGGAAAGAAGCGCAAGCGUGAGGAUUCGUCCGACGAGCAAGCACCUAAUCCGUCAUCUGUAGAGGGCAAAGAUGCAACGAACCCCGAGACUACCGAAGAAUCUGUUUCCGUGCCCAAUGAGACGUCAGAUGCGCAGCCCGAUUCCACCCCCGCGCCCUCGUUCACAGUCCUCGAUGCCCUCUCUGCGACGGGCCUGCGUGCCCUCCGAUAUGCCUCCGAAUUGCCAGCAGUUUCCAAGGUGGUGGGAAAUGACCUAUCAGAAUCUGCCAUCAAGUCAAUGAAGACGAAUAUCGAGUACAACAAGUUGCAGGGCCGUAUUCAGCCGAAUCUGGGCGAUGCGCGUGUCUUUAUGUACGGCGCCUGCGGUGAUCCAUCACGCAAAUUUGAUGUGAUCGACUUGGAUCCGUACGGUACCGCGGCUCCAUUCCUGGAUGCAGCCCUUCAGGGCGUGAAGGAUGGUGGUCUUCUCUGUGUGACCUGCACCGAUGCGGGUGUCUGGGCUUCGACCGGCUAUGCCGAGAAGGCGUUCUCGCUAUACGGUGGCUCCCCAAUCAAGGGCUUGCACUCCCAUGAAGGUGGCUUGCGCCUUAUCUUGAACAGUUUGGCCAUGUCCGCUGCCAAAUACGGCAUUGCAAUUGAGCCUCUGCUCUCGCUAUCAAUCGAUUUCUACGCCCGUGUGUUCGUGCGCGUGUCUCGCUCCCCCGCUCAAGUCAAGUUUACUGCUAGCAACUCAAUGGUUGUGUAUAAUUGUGAUUCUGGAUGCGGCGCAUGGACUAUCCAGCCCUUGGCUGCGUCCGGUGAGAAGCUUGAUCGCAAGGGAAACCCCUUGUACCACUAUAAGCUAGCUCUGGGCCCGACGGCUAAUACUUACUGUGAGCACUGUGGCUUUAAGACACAUCUCGCGGGACCGAUGUGGGCUGGCCCGCUUCAUAACCCCCACUUCAUCCAGCGCAUUCUGGAUAUGCUUCCCACCUUGGACCCGGAGACAUACCAAACCAUCCCUCGUAUUGAGGGCAUGCUCACCACCGCUAUGGAGGAGGACUUGGACCUCAGUCCCUCGUUCAACAAGUCUGCGGGUCAGGAGCAGCAAGAACAAAAGCCUGACACUGAAGGGACCGAGAAAUCCCAAGAACAGACAGAUUACCCAGCUAUCAUCCCACGCAUGAACCCGGCUCUCCAUGAGCCAUACCCCUUCUACUUCUCCCUGAGCGCACUCUCAAAGGUCAUCCAUUGCUCAACCGUCGGACAAGACGAGUUCCGUGGUGCUCUUCGCUCAGUCGGGUACCGUUCUACCCGCAGCCACGCCAAACCGAACUCUAUCCGCACCGAUGCCCCCUGGAGCGUCGUCUGGGAAAUCAUGCGCGAAUGGGUCCGCCAACACUCCCCUGUAAAGGAAGCAUCCUUAAAGCCCGGUACUGCCGGCGCGGCCAUCAUGGCUAAGAGCCGCGACAACCUGCGUAAGGGCAGCAGCGAGAACCCCUGGCUAGCACAGUUGAAGAAUGAUCUUCUUGCCGCCGUCGAGUCUGGAAAGGAUAUCAGCGAUCUGGUUACCAAGGUGGAAGCUUCCCUGUACAGAUCCGGAUCACGGCACUCCUUCGUGACUCACGAGCAACCCGCUGAUGCACAGGAGAAGCCUGCCAGUGAUGGGCCAGCCGAGAAGGCGCAUCCCAGCACCCUGGAGGUGAAGUUUGAUGCCGCGCUGGGCCAAGAGGCAUCGGCUGCACACUCCAAGAAGCGUCUGGUGCGGUAUCAGCUCAAUCCUCGGGCGAACUGGGGGCCGCUGAAUCGGGCGGCGGUGAAGUCAAAGUGA